AUGUCGUACACCACCCAAAGACAGUUCCUCAGCAUUGCGUUCCCGAACGAAGCCCCAACACUACCGAGUCGCAAACGUAGUGAUGGUGUGUUGAAAUCGUACAGCUCUUGCUACGACUACCGUGCCUGGUCGCGAGAUGGGCUGAAGCAGUCGCAGUUCAUCGGGGAUGUCGCCAAUCGUGCACUAUCGCAAGCUGCCAAAAUUCCACUCCACUUCUUCUCCGGGGCAGAACUAACGAAAGAGAUUCUAGUUCGUCUCGAUGCCGAUAAUCUAGCCGACUACAUCCUUAGCUUGAGGGAUGAGGUGAAAAAGAAGCACAGCUCGAUCGAAUCGCUAGAGCAGAUCAAACAAGAGCUGAUGGAAAAAACUGAAUCGCUCGAUAGAAAACUCAAUGCAUUGCAAGAAGAGAACCACCUGCUCGCUGCCGAAAUCGAACGGAUCGGUGCGUGUCACGAUCUGCAACGGGAAACGAAUCAGUUUGAUGAGCAGGAACUUGCCGAAAUUGGCCAGAUGAUCAUUGACCAACGGGACUACAAUGAAAAUCUUGAGCAGGAAAUGCAAAUCUUACGGGAUCAGCUUAAAGCACUGCAAGCUGCCGCAGAUUCUGCCGAUGCUAACAACCAAGGUGAUCGUGUGAACGUGGAGGCUGAAAAUAAUUUUCUCAAGUUUAAAGCAAAAGAUUAUGAUCGAUUAGAAAGCGAGCUAACUCUGUUUAAAGCCGAGCAUGAUAAGCUGACGCAGCAGAAGCGGGAACUGGCAGAAGAAGCCCAGCGCGCACAACAGUACCGAUUGAGGGCGGUGGAACUAAAACAGAACCUUAAAGACGAGCUACAUCGUAGAGAAUUGUGUGAGGAACAAAUUGAAAUGUUGGUGAACAUGUAUGAGAAGCAAUCGUUUGAGUUGAAUCAACUGAAGAGUCAAGUGCACACCUUGAAUCGAUCUUCCCAUGAUCGACUUUUCGAUGAAUCCACGGAUGAUCCGUACGGAUCUCAUUCAACCAUUUCUGAAACGAUCAUAGAAGGAAUCCCGCAUGAAGAGGUAGAUCUUGAGUUGGCAGAUGCUUGUCCAAACUGCGCCAGACAUUUACAACAAAUCGAAGAAUUUAAUAUACGUAUCAAUGAGCAAAAGCAACACCUUGAAGAGUUAGACCAAAGUACCAGUGUAACAAAAACAGUCGCCGGGGAAAGUGCAGUUCAACAGCAGGUGUUGGACCUUCGGCAGGAAUUAACAGAGUGUCAACGAGAACUAAUGGAUACAACUGAGAAGUAUGCCGCUCUACGUGAAACUUCCAUGGCUGAUUGUAAGGAGUUGGGACGACUGAAACAGCAACUAGACCAGCUAACCAGUGACUCACCGUCCGAUGUGGCCGUGGGACAGCUGGAGCUCCUGGCAGCAAAUGAGAAACUAAAUGCAAUACAGGAGGAAAAUGGAAAGCUUCGGGAAGACCUAAUCAAACACCAAGCUCUUCUCGCAGAACUUCAAUCAAAAGUGCGUUCCGUGCCUAGUAUUUCGAUUCCGGUUGAUUCUGGUGGAGGUGCAGAAUGUUGUAUAGAGAAGGUCAACAAAAUUACACAGCUGGAACAAAUCAUUUCCGGGCUGAAGGAUGCCUCCAAUGCGAUGCCAGUGAUCUCGAGUAGUGGGGAAGAAAAUGCAAAACUACUGGAAAAAAUAGCUACACUAGAAAAGGAGCUGCACGAAAGGGAACAGCAAAUAAAGACGUUACAGGAUGCCAUGGAUAAGGCUCCUCUCACUAUGCCUCUGCUGCAGCAGGAAGUUGGUGACGAUAGUGCUAAGUUGGAUUCGUUGUUAUCCCAGCUGGCCGAAAAGAACGCAUUGAUUGAGCAGCUGCAGAACACUCAGGCGACGGAUGAAGCAACGGUUUCGAUGGCUUUCGAUGAUGUUCGUGCAUGCCAGGAUGAGCUUGCUGAACUACGGAAACGUCUGGCCGUGUAUGAGGAAGAUGCAAUAGGCAUCCUGGAGAUUAAUCUUUCCAAGGAAUCAAGAAAGAGCGUUCGUAUCAGUGACGACGUAGAACAAUUUGAACCACUUUCCAUCAAGGAAGAGCUGGGCAGUGAGCAGGAUGAGAAAGAAACGGAGGAAAUUAAGUCUGAACCGGAGGACGAAGCAUACACCGACGACGAAGCGAACGAUGAUGCAUCAGCUGGGCGCAUCAAACCGGACAGUUCACUCGAAAAACUUGAAGAAUUGCAAGAGAAUCUAAACAAACGCUGUACGUUGAAGGCACGCAGAUCGAUGGCACUGUUCGGAAGCAGUGGUACGGGCGAAUGCGACUGUAUCCAGGCGAUAGCGUUCAAGAUAGCACAGGGCGGCAUAGAGUUGCUGCUACUGGCGGAGCUGUACGUGUUGCUGCAGGAAAUUUGUAGUGUCAUCACGCGGAAGAAUGCCGUGCUCGGUCGUAAUGUGACGGUGCUGGCCAACAGCAUGACCAAGUGCUGGCAGGUCAUCACGGAUGCACGGGUCAUGAUGAACAUGGAGUUGACGAACCGUACUAACCACCAGUCGGUACAGUCGUUCCAAAGCAUGAACGUGCAGCAGGAUGAGGAUAACCGCAGCCGAACCGCCAGUCAUAUGGGCCAUCUGAAUCGACCGAGCCUUUGGACGGACAUGCUAGAUACCAGACCAUCAAUCCCGGUGCACGAAUUGCCGUCAGUUGGAAGUGACGAUAACAGACACUCGAAAACAGCGGAUGCUCAGAGGCGCCGAACUAUUAAAUGGAUGGAAAAUGCGAAAAAUAUAAAUCGAGAAAGUUAA